CGAGUAAGUUAAAAUAUGACUAAAUACUGUUUGUCUUACAUUUAAUCUCCUUGUUACAGAAAGAAGAACAACGUAUGAGAUCAGAAGAACGACGCCGAAAUCAUCAAUUACGUCAGAGAGAACGUGCGGCACAUCGAGAAAAAAAUGGUGGUUUAACAUCAUCUUAUCUUGAAGAUCGACAUUCGAGCGACGAGGAUGAAUUACAGUCAAUAUCCAAAAUAAAAAAAGAUAUCAAACAUAAAAAAGCACAUGGACAAUAUGGCCAAGGAUCGGAUCAUGAAAUUGAAGAUGAAGAUGAUGAACUUUCAAGUCGAUUUGAUGGAAAUAGUCAACGAGCUAAACAAUCAACAACAAAACAUCGAAAAAGUAAUCCAUUGGAUGAAUCUGAUAAUGAGACGAGAGCAGAAGAAGCAGCGGCACAUGAUCGUAAACGUAAAAGAGUACACACUUUGGCAAGCGAUGAAUCAGAUUAA